GUUACGUUGCUUGUUACGUUAACAGGAUGCAGCGCUUUUGGCAGCUGCUGCUGCUGCUGCUGAUCUGCCUGGCUUCGAUUUUGCAUAACAGCGCUGCCCAGUCUGAACAGGAGGAGGCUCAGCUGCUGGAGCGCGAGAAGCGCGGCACCGUCACCAUUGACUUUGGCUCGCUGCUGCGUAAUCUGCUGCAGAAGAGCGCACAGCUGAGCAGCGCCAAGGUGAACAUAACACGCAGCAUAAUCAAUGCCAAGACGACGCGACGUCCAAUGAUGCCAAUGACAACCACAAUGCCACCUCCGCCACCACCGCCGCCGCCGCGACGCAGAUUACCGCGUCCGUACUGGCGGCCACUUCCCUAUGACUACUAUCCGCCGUAUGACUAUGAUUAUGGCGAGCCAGCAGCGAGACCAGCACCAGCGCCUCCUCCACGACCACCUCCACCACCAGCACCAACUGCCGCUACACCAAGACGCGUGCGUCCACCGCCACGUCCAUUGAGCGCCUACUAUGCAAGGCAGCCAGCGACCUAUGAUUAUGACUAUGAUUAUGGUGAACCACCGCGACGUCCGCCGCCAGCACAGCCAGCAGCACCACCACCACCAGCACCACCUCCAGCGCCGCCGUCACGUCCGCAGCCCCAGCCCCAGCCACGCCCACGAGCACGCGCACGCCCACAGGCGCCAGCGCAGCUCAGCGAUCAGCUGAUCUAUCAGUACGCACAACCGACUGAUAUUUACUCUGAGCCACGCGUCAAUGCAGGCGACGCAGCGGCGCUGUCGGCUGCGGCAGAGACUGAGGCAGCGCCCGAAACAGAAGCAGUGGCAGCAGUUGAUACCGAUACCGAUCCCAAUACCAACACAGAUUUCUCAUCCAUUGAUACGAACAACAGCAACAACGACGACGAUACGGAUGGCGAUGAAGAGCAGCCGAAUCCAGCAGCGAAUCCAGCACGCUUCAUAGUCAAUUAUCCAGGUGAUGGCCAGAGCAGUCCCGAUGCCAACUUCUACGCAUAUCCGGGGAGUGCACAAGCCAGCGGGCCCUCGAAUUCGAAAUCAAAUCCCUACGAGCUGAGCCUGCCAUUCGAUGGCUACAACAGUUACAAGAGCUAUCCAAGCGCUCCAGCACUAUCGCAGCAGAGUUACUAUUUACAGUAGAAAAACCCAACAACUUCUUCAUCUAUGU